AUGUUUAUGUCACAGCGAAAGGUGAUUCAGUAUAGGAUACCUCUGGGCUUCACAUUCAGCUUCCCGUGCAAACAGGAGGGCCUGACCUCUGCCCGACUCACACAAUGGACCAAAGGAUUCAAGUGCUCCGGUGUUGAGGGCGAGGACGUGGUUCAGCUGCUCAGAGAAGCUAUUGACAAAAGACACGACAUAGACGUGGAUGUGAUGGCUGUUGUCAACGACACGACCGGUACGUUGAUGUCGUGCGCGCUCAAGAACCGGGAGUGUAGG